GCCAGCUCUCAACUUGGCUCUCACGCAACAGCGGCUACCAUGGCCAAUUCCCCUCGUUUACCUGAGCCACUGAAGCUGCAGCCCCUUGACACUGACCAUGACCUCAAGGAUCCCCCAGAUCGCUCCCGCAUGGACCAUGGUUCCCGAUGCUCCAGUCCAGGAACAUCCACCAGCCAAACUUCCGACGACGACGACUUCGACUGGGACAAAGACGACGACAGCACCAACGUUCAGGCAGAUGUAGAAGCAAAACGAGGACGGCGCCUCUGGCUGGCUUUCAUGAAGCUGUCCCUUUUUGUACGAGUUUUCCUCAUUGCCUGCAUCGGAGUCGCUAUCCUCGUCACCCCGCUUAUUGUCGUGAACGUCCGGUUCCCCAACAGCCCUGCCAAGAUACACGUUCACGUCUGGUCGCUGUGGUUUACCAUCAAUUGGGCUGCAAUCUGUGGAACGUAUAUAUUCGUGGAUGCCAUCCCUCACGUCGUCCUCCUCAUUACCUCCGCUUUUACUAGCCGCCAGGUGGAAAGGCUCAAAAUUCAGAUAGACCUAUUCAUGGCCGUUAGGCUCUACUUCAAGCUGGUUCUUGAUGUCACCUGGGCAUGGGUUGCAUUGUCCGUUAUCCGAGCAGUCUACCAUCCACCAGGUUCCUAUUGGAAGAUCAUCAACCAAUUGAUGCAGGUUUUCUUCUCUGCAGCCAUGCUUCUCCUGGUCGAGAAAGUGGUCCUUCACUACAUUGCCAUCAACUUCCACCAAACCGCCUUGGCAGACCGACUCGCGGAAAACAGGAUUGCGCUUCGAGCCCUUGAUCACCUUUCCAGUGCAAGCCCUUCUCCGACCAAGAAGUCGCCUUAUGGCAGGAGGACGGGCAAAGGUGGAAGCAGCAGUUUCGACAUUUGGAACACCGGCAUGUCACCAAAAUCUAGUUCCAGGUCACUACCACCCGCCAACACUACGGCACCAAAUCAACGUAAAAGCGCUAGGAGGAUGGCAAACGUCAUUGUUGAUCAAGUUGGAGGUGCUAUUGCGCAGGUCGCCCUCAAAGAUUCCAAAUUCAACAAAGGCGUCGUGGACGUUAGCGGUGUCUACUCUGCAAGAAGGCUGGCUCGCAAACUGUUUUCCGUCUUGAGUGAUGUAGAACCUCCGCGUGCUCACCUCAUUGUUGAAGACUUUUAUCCUUACUUCAACACUACUGCGGAAGCUCACGAGGCUUUUGCCAUUUUCGACAAAGACGGCAACGGGGACAUCACAAAACGAGAAAUGCGUGAUGCCGUGCAAAGAAUAUACCGGGAGCGAAAAGCAUUGGCAGCUGGGCUCAAGGAUGUUGGUUCCAUAGUAGCAAAGCUAGACGCAGUCUUGCUCUGCGUUGCGAUUCUGCUGGUGUUGUUCAUUUGUCUGCUCAUCUUCAAGAGGGAUAACACUAUUUCCUCCCUCGUCCCCCUGGCCACCAUCGUCCUUGGGUUUUCCUUUGUCUUUGGCAACUCUGCGCAAACUUUGUUCGAAUCGUUGAUCUUCAUCUUUUCAACACACGUCUUCGAUGUUGGUGACCUCGUGAUCAUUGACGACCAGAUCCUUUUCGUCAAAGAAUUCGGUCUCUUCGCAACCACAUUCCGUCGAGUAGAUGGGCAGGAAAUUGUUGCGCCGAAUACGUUGCUCGCUAGCGAGAAACUGGUUCACAAUUUGAGGCGCAGUAAAUCCAUGUGGGAGACAACGAACCUCAUGGUUGCUUAUACGACACCUAUUGAGGUUAUCGAGCAGCUCAAGACCAGGAUAUCCGCAUACAUCAAUGACAACAGUCGCGAAUGGUCAGGCUUUGCUCUCAACAUCGACAAGAUGGAGUAUCAGAACGCAUUGCAUCUCAUUGUGGCCAUCGAACAUCGCUCUAACUGGCAAGACUGGGGUGCGAGAUGGGCCAGACGAAACGCUUUCAUGCGACACCUCAAAACAGUUCUCGAAGAUCUCGACAUCCGUUAUACCAUGCCUGUUCAACCAGUUCUUCUCCCGUCCUCUAAUGGCCGUGCUCCGGUUAACCUAGCACCACCAUCUCCUGGUCCUGCUGGUACUCCAAGGAGCCAGUAUCAAACUCCUUUGAACGACCUUGGAAACGCGGGUUUCUUUGAAUCAACGGACUUUGGCCGGGUCCCGUCGAACGCUCCGUCAUUCCCUCACGCCACGCCUUCCUUCGGAGGGGGUAUUGCACAGUAG